CUACCACCACCUACUCCCACCACUUACACUCUAUAACCCCCUCAACCCCCACUUACAUCACCUAUACAAACAUUCAUCAUACAAACAACCACUAUAAAACCAACCGGCCAAAUACACAAAUAAUCAAAAUGCAACCUCCCACAAUCCUCCUCCUAGGAACCUUCGACACCAAAACCCCCGAAUUAAACUACACCCACCACACCCUCCUCACCCAGACCCCCCAACCAAACAUCCUAGUCCUAGACGUCAGCCGUCAGCCCCCAAAGCCAACAGCAACACCAACAGACCUCAAAAUCAACUACACAAUCCCCCAAAAAGACCUCCCCGCUCCCCGUGCCCAAUACAUCAAAGCCGCCUCCGACCACGCCACCACCAUCGUCGCAGACCUGUACAGGGGCAAUAAAAUCCACGGCAUAAUUUCGAUAGGCGGGUCAUGCGGGACGAAUAUCGCGACGGCGGCGAUGCGGAAUGUCCUACCCGUGGGGUUCCCGAAACUGAUGGUCUCGACGAUGGCGAGUGGGGAUGUCAAGCCUUAUGUUGAGGAGACGGAUGUGACGAUGAUGUACAGUGUUGUUGACAUUGCGGGGAGGAAUUGGAUUCUGGAGGGGAUAUUGCGGAAUGCUGCGUGUGCGAUCUUUGGGAUGGCGAGGGGGUAUUAUAAUUCUUUGCUAGAGUCUCGGGGAGAAGAAAGUGGUAAUGGGGGUAGUUCUGAAGGGAGAAAGAAGAAGAGAGUUGGGAUAACGAUGUUCGGGGUGACGACGCCGGGUGUGGAUCGGAUUCGAGCCCAUUUGGAAGAUGUCUACGGGUUUGAGGUGUAUGUGUUUCAUGCGACGGGGGCUGGGGGGAAGGCUAUGGAGCGACUGAUACGGGAAGGGCAACUGGAUGCUAUUGUGGAUUUGACGACGACUGAGGUUGUCGAUGAGGUGAUGGGGGGUGUGCUCUCGGCUGGACCGGAGAGGUUGGUUGCUGCUGCGAAGGCGGGCAUUCCGCAGGUGGUCAGUGUGGGGGCUUGUGAUAUGGUCAAUUUUGGGCCGCGGAAUACCAUCCCGGAACGGUAUGAAGGACGGCUGAUCUAUGAGCAUAAUCCGACGGUGACGUUGGUGAGGCCGAAUGCUGAGGAGACGGCGGAGGUAGCGAGGUUUAUUGCGGAGAAGUUGAGGACUUGUGCUGCGAAGCCGGAGUUGAUUCGUCUGGUGCUUCCUACUGGGGGGAUUAGUAUGAUUGAUACCCCCGGACAGCCGUUUUAUGAUCCCGAGGUGGACGAAGUGUUGUUUUCUACGUUGGAGAAGGAGUUGGAGGGGGGUGGUAUCUCUGUUGUCAGGGAUCCGAGAGCUAUCAAUGACCCCGAGUUUGCGGUCAGUGUGGCGGAUAUGCUAGGGGAUUUGGUCACAUCAUUGUAAGAUCAUAUGUUACAGUGUAUCACGACCUACCCAAGGGACAGAAUGAAAAGAACACUGUGUAGGUGGUGGUCAUAUAUUCAGACCCUGGGAGAGCAACGUCUGGGAGUUUGGCGGAACUUGCCAUGAUAUCCCAGAUUUGCAAU